AUGCUGAGGAUAAAACAUCUUUUAAGAGCAACGUUGUUUGCGUAUGCUACAGACUCAGUGCUGUGCACUAGCGAAACGGUAUUUGGGACAGGAGCGCCAGGGUACUUAUUCAACGAAGGGUCAAAGGUUUUUCUGACGUGGUCUAGAACGCCAAAAGAAAGAUAUUUGUGGGUAAAAGGAACAAAAUCGCCCCAAGAUGCCUCUCGUUUCCAGAUCCAUAGGUCAAAGUAUCACAGCGCAACGUACAGUCUUAUCAUGCCCGAUGAGCCAAAGCUCACGAGUCUUUUCAAAAAGGUUAAUAACGCCAGUGCAGAGUUUCCGUUCUUUGGGAUGCCCACCAUGAGUCUUCUGGGAAAUAACACCAGCCCGUACAUAGGGUUUACCACAGACACUUCCAACUCGAACACAUGGUUCUCUUUUUCUCCGCCAGUUACAAAAAAAAACCACUUCAAGAUAUACCUUAACAACCAGUGUUUAGAAGUGGAGGGAGAGGGAUACAUGAGGAUCCAGGAGUGCACCCUCGUGCCAGAGGACAAAAAGAUCAAGCAGCUGUUCAGAUGGCUCUCUGAGAAUGAGUAUCUCGCAUACAAAACAGAGAACGACGACAAAGACAGCCCAGGAAAUAGAGAUCCUGUCAUCAUUGACAAUCUGGUGCAUCCCAUCUACAAAAACCCUCUAGCUCCCAGUAGAAGCCAGGUGAAGGCGCAAAUGAAAAACGAGAAAAAACGACUUGCCAGCCAAGCUAGUAAAAAAGCCUCGCAGACUCUGAAAAACAUUCAGAGUGGCCUGACUAUACAAGUGACCCGCAUGCCAGAAGGAUACUACGAUAACCCAAGCCCUUCCAAGACCCUGGAGGAAGAUGCGCUGACAGAGUCAAGGCGGAGAGUAAACUACGAGAAAGUUAUCCAAAGUGAGAAAGUAGAUAUGCCUCCCGGAUUUUAG